GUUGAUUUCAUAAACAUUUUUGUCCGAUCAUUUCACUAAUCAUUUCAAUAAACUUUUGAUCAUUUUUUCUCAAUAAUUGAAUAAUUUGUUGUUGUUAUUGUUGAUGAUAAUGUUGGAAAACAAAGAAUCAAUAGAUCCGAUUUAUUCGGAAUUUUUAGCCGAUGAUUUUAAUCAACAAAAUGCUAUUGCUUCGAUUAAUAAUCUAUCAUUUUCGGAACAAAUUUCGAAAAUUUCUACAGGUAUUGAACAAAUGAAAAAUAAUAUCAAUCAAUUGACAUCGAAAAAUUGCGAAACAUUUUUCAAACGAGCUACACAACUUGAUGAAUUAUAUAAUGAUUUACGUUUUAUCUGUGUAAAAUCACAGAAUUUAAUGAAAACAUUAGAAUUAAUUCGUAAUAGAUUCGAAGCUCCACAUCAACAGCUUAAUCAUGAAAUUAUUCUAUUAUCACGAUUACAGAAAACUUGUGAUCUAUUAAGAAAAAUGUUACGUAUUAUGCAUCUAAUGGAACGAAUUGAAGAAUCCGAUUUGGAUAAUACAAAAAAUGAACAGCCAAUUUUUUUAAAAGAAAUUGUCAAAUUAUCACAAUAUAUUAAUGAAAUUGAUGGUAUUAUUCAAUCGGAUCAGGAAAAUUUAUUAUUCAAAUUGAAUUGUAUUAGUAAAGAUUUGCAAAAAUUCCAAUUAAUUAAAACAAAAUUAAUAACCGAAGUAGAUUUAUUACUUAAAAAUGGUCUCGAAACAUUGGAUCAUAAUAAUAUUAGCACUGCAAUGCAAGUUUAUCAUAAUUUACGUUCACUUGAUCGAAUAGUUAAUGAUUUGAUUGAUAAUAAAUGUCGAUUAAUUGAACAAUCAUUAACAAAAUUAUUUGAUGAUAUGAGCUUAAAAGAAGUAAAAUUAACUAUACCAUCACCAAGACAGAAUAAUAUAAUGAAAACAAAUAUACGUAAUAAUUGUAAAUUUAAUCUUGAAAAUCUUUAUAAUCAUUUUCAUCAAUUAUCAAUUAUGAUAAAGAUUUUGAAAAAACGUCGUGAUAAUCAAACACAAACAUUAUUGAUUGAAUUUGUUGACAAUAGAAAUGAAUUGUUGAUAAUAAAAUUUUGGAAUGAAAUUAUUCGAAUGUUUUCAUCAACAUUCGAUAAAUUAUUUCAAAGUUCACCGGCAAUAAAAAAAUUAAUCGAAUCUGAUUAUUCAAAUAUAUUAUCAUUAUUUUUGGAUUAUUCAAAACGAAUCAUUAUCGAUGAACCGGAAAUUGAAAAUGAAAAAUCAUUACGUUCAACUAUUGGACAAUUUGAAAAUGCUUAUCUUUCCAAUUCAUUAUCAUUACUUUUUGAAUCGGUUAAUCGAAUAUUCACCAAUGUUGGUGUGAUUAAAAAUCAAAAAAUCGAUACAAUACCAUCGGAAAAAGAUGUCGAUAUGGUUAUCAAAGAUAUAUCGAAUGAAAUAUCAUCAUCAAAUUUUGAUCCAAUAUUGUUGGAAUCAGUUUGUCGAAAUAUUGUUAAAACAAUCAAUCUUUUUGUAUUUAAAUGUGAACAAUUAGUAUCGAAUGAUGGUGAUGCAACACAGGUGAUUGGUAAAUUUACCAUAAAUCAACGACAUAAUUCAUUAAUCAUCUAUACAUUGAAUUAUUUUCAUAAACAAUUAAAAAAUUUGAUAGCCAAUAAUGAUAAUAAUCAUUCGAUUCUACAGAAACAUGUAGAAAUAUCAUCAUUAAAUGCAAUUGAUAAUUUAAUAUUGAAUACAUUCGAACCAUUUAUUAAUUCAAUUCAGGAUGCUAUUGAAGAUAUUAUUCUUACCAUUCAUAAUGAAAAAUAUGAUAUCAACAGUGAAAUUUUACCAGGUCAAUGUUCACUUUACAUGAAAGAACUACAACGAUUCAUUGCUCGUGUAUCACGAGAUUAUUUUCAACAAUAUCCGGAUGAUUCAGAAAUUAUCAAAGAAAGAAUCCAUCGAAUGGCCGCAUUUGUUAUUGAUUUCUUUUUACUGCAAAAUUGUCUAAUCCGUCCGGUAUCGGAAAUUGGUCGACGUAAAAUUGCCAAUGAUUUUACACAAUUGGAAGAAGCAAUCAUACCAAUCUGUAAUCGUUUAGGUGAUGUUGGUCGAUCAUUUCAAAUAUUGAAAGCUUUCAAAACAUUGUUACCAUUAUCACCGGAAGAAAUAUGCGAAUCAUCAAUUGUUGGUGAUCCGAUUCCAUAUUAUUUGGUCAUACAUUUUUUUAUUGCCAAUUAUACAUCGGAUGAAUUGAAAUCACCACAUAAAUUUAAAGAUUGGUCAAUUAGUCGAUAUAGCCAAUGGUUUAUGACCAAUCGAAGUGAUGAAGAACGAUUAUCAAUAAUAAGGAAUUCUUUGAAUGAAUACAUUAUUCAGGCAAAAAAAUUACAAAAGAAACAAUAUUUUUCAACAUAUCAUUUAUUGUCAAAUCUUAUGAAAAAGGCUAUUGUUGAAUAAAAGAAUAAAAAAAAU